AUGGCGGGCUGGCCGAGGGCGAGGGGGCCAUCGGCAACGGCGACCAGGUCGUUCGCGAGGAGGCCGAGGGCGAGGGGGGCCAUCGGCAGGGGCAAGGGCGAGGGGACCAUCGGCAAUGACGACGAGGCCAUGGUAGUGGAUUGUGAUGACGGUGUGCUCGCCAGCGUGUCGUUCGAGGAUCAGCUGAAGAUGGCGGAGGGGCUUCCUUCGCAACAUCCGCAACCCAAGGCCGGGGAGGUGUUCGACGGUGACAUGAAGCUGGCAACGUCGCAGUCUGUUGUUGGCCAGCAGCGUGGGGACUCUGCGCCAGAUGCCCGCCCCCCGCCGACCGCCUCGCAGUGUCGCAUGAUGGGCGCUGAGUUCGACGAGAAGACAGGGCGCUCCGACGCGGUCGAGACGGGGGCUUGGUCGGGGGGCGCCAUCUAUCAGACGAAGGCGGCCGAUGUAGACCCACUGGAGUUGGGUGGGGCGCUGCAGUGUCCAUCGAGAUGGCGGAGCAGCGACGCGUGA